CAUUACGUCCCCUUCAUGGUUGCAAUACUAAUUGAUAACUUCCCUGCUAAUCUCGUGCUACCCACUCUUCCCUCGUUCCACAAAUUGGACCCCCAGCGGUUGGACGUGAGACGAAUUCAGCUGGAGGGCUACCUGAAAACUAUCACCUCAGAGGAAUUCCUAUCAGAUCACCUCCACGUGUUGGGUCAGGUCAUCUUGUUCCUGUCAGAAGGAGAGUACGAACGACAGAGCACCGAGCUAAAGAGAAUGGUGAACACUCUCCUCAACCCUCUAAAACGUGUGGCCACGUUGACCCGAGGUGCACUCAAGUCCUCUGGUCAGUCGAGUUCCAAGAUGUCUCCAGUGACAGUCAAGAAGCAGCCAUCAUCAGAGACCCCCAAACCACCAGGAGAAGAGAGUUUUGGAGCCUCCAAACCUGCUGCCAAAAAGCACUUUGAGCUCCUCUACCAAGACAAGACAGGCAAUUCAUGGGGCACCAGUAAAGAGAGCUUUGUUAAGAGGCCUAGCAAGUUCUACCCCCUGGAGAUAGACUAUGGUGGUGAUGAGGACACUGGGCAACAGCUUGGAAUUGCCCCUGGUUCAAAGUCCACACUGGCCCCUGAGAUACAAGAUCUCAUUCGAAUGAUAUUUGAUGUGGAGAGCAUGAAGAAAGCUAUGCUGGAGUUUGAGAUUGAUAUAAAGAAGAUGCCUUUGGGAAAGUUGUCACGGCGACAGAUAGAGAGUGCAUAUUCUGUCCUCUCUGAGCUACAACGAGAGAUAGUUGGGACUCAGAAUCCGAGCAAAAUCCUCGACUGUACUAACAGAUUCUACACUCUAGUACCACAUGACUUUGGCAUGACGAAACCACCCCCACUGAACUCAGAGGAGGUUAUAAAGAUAAAGACACAAAUGUUGGAUAAUCUACUGGAGAUUGAGGUGGCCUACUCGCUACUGAAACAGGAGGAUGGUGUGAGUGGAGGGAAGGACCCAUUGGACCUGCAUUAUGAGCAGCUCAAGAUGUCACUCCUGUUUCCAGCCAACAAACCUGUCGACUUCUUUUUGCAGGUGCUGCCCAAGGGCUCUGAUGAGUUCUCAAUGCUGCAGGAGUACGUGUCCAACACUCACGCGGUCACCCACUCUCAGUACUCACUGGAGGUGCUGGAGGUGUUCAAAGUGGACAGAGAAGGAGAGGGGAAGAAAUACAAACCAUUCUCAAAGCUCCACAACAGACAGCUGCUCUGGCACGGCUCCAGGAAGACCAACUUUGUGGGAAUACUAUCCCAGGGUCUUCGAAUAGCUCCACCAGAGGCGCCUGUGACUGGCUACAUGUUUGGGAAGGGGGUGUACUUUGCAGACAUGGUCUCCAAGAGUGCCGAUUACUGUAGCACCUCUCGCUCUGACAACGAGGGACUCAUGCUCCUCUGUGAGGUUGCCCUCGGAGACAUGUAUGAGCUGACCCACUCCAAGUAUGUAGACAAGCUGCCAGCUGGUAAGCACAGUACCAAGGGUCUGGGUCGGACCGCCCCCACUACUGACGGCCACAAGACCACUGAGGAGGGUGUGGUCAUCCCCAUGGGCAAGGGCUCCUCCACAGCCGUCGACAAUACCUCACUACUCUAUAAUGAGUAUCCUAUUCAUUGUCAGUGUGUGUGUGGGUGUGUGUGUGUGUUGUGUGGGUGUGUGUGUUGUGUGUGUGUGUGUGUGUGUGUGUGUGUGUUGUGUUGUGUGGGUGUGUGUGUUGUGUAGAAUGUUAAACACUUUGUACAGAGUACAUGUAUAUUAAUAUAAUAUCUAUUCGGCUAGUUUGUUAAUCUUUAUCACAGGUUCAUUGUAUGAUGUGAGCCAGAUAAGAAUCAAGUACCUGCUCAAAAUGAACUUCAAGUACAAGUGGUAGCUAUAGAGAAUGUUACAUUAUUUAGUUUUGUGUUUUUUGUUGUGUUCUGUGUUCCUUGAGGUCACUUUAUAUAUUCCAUACCGUAUAGCGUGAAUUUUUCGCUUUCUUAUCCUACAAAAUUCACGAUUUUUACUAUGUGCUAUAACGUGCAAAGAUUAUAUUAAGGCACUGUUUCUGGUAAGCAGUCACCCACGAAUUCAACGAAACGCUUUUAGAGAGCACGAAAUUUUCUAUACAGUACAUUUUACUAUCUUAUCUUGUGUUCCUUUGAGGUCACUUUUUUGAUACCAUAUAAUGCUCUAUUGCUGUG